CCCCACGAAACCAAGCAAGUACAACCGACUCGCCCCGAGCGCUUCUUCCCCUUCAAAUACUCUUGUCCUGCCCCCUCCGAAUCGAACACCAGAUAGAUCCUUUCGUCCCAUCGUGGAUCGUCACUCCGCUCUUCCGAUAAGGUUUCAGUCGGAAGCGGAAUCCGUGGGUCGUGCCAUUGGAGGCGGAGACGGCGCGCGUCGUCGUCCCAUCGCUUAUAUCAUCUCUGAUGAUCUGCUCUGCGAUUGGAGCAACAGCAGCGGCAGAGGAAGAGGCAUCCUCGCUGCCAUCAUCCAAUCCCGUCAGGAUAGGUUCAAGCACGUCGGCAUACGAGACGGCAUUGUAGGGGCAUUGCUGCCUCGUUCCGCCGCCCCUAGGAUUUCCUUGCUGAUCGGAGGAAAUCCUAGGGGUUUUACUCCCAAUGGGUAGCAGCAAUCUGUAGUCCUGUGUAAAUAAUCGAGCAUUAGAGACGACUAGCUUUCACCCUCCUGUCAUCGCCGCCACGAAUCAGCCAAGAUGUCGUCUUCCGGCGUCGCCAUCCUCAGCCCUCUGCUGGAGCGCCAGGUUGUUCACGUCUCCCGGUGCCUACCCCUGCUGGAACCGCUGGAUUCGGUUCUUAUUUUUGUUACGAUGCCUGGCAUGGCACCCAUGCCAAUGCGUGUCCUGGGGUCUGAAUCCAUCGCUUCAGUCAAGCUUCGUAUCCAGAGGACCAAGGGCUUCGUCGUGACAAAGCAACGGCUGGUGUUCGCCGGACACGAGCUGUCACAAAGAAACUCCCAUGUCAGGGACUAUGGACUCGCUGACGGGAACGUUCUCCACCUUGUCUUCCGGCUGGCCGACCUCCGCACAAUCACCGUCGAGACCGACAGCGGGGAGAAAUUCAUCUACCAGGUGGAGAGCAGCAGCAAGGUUGGGCAACUCAAGAACAAGGUCGCAGCUGAGACCGGGGAGGAACUCGAGGACCAAAGGCUGGUGUGCGAUGGCGAGGAGCUUGAGGACAACCAGCUGAUCACCGACAUUGGUAGCAGCAACGGUGGUGCUGCUGCUGUGAUCAACUUGUACAUCCGCGCACCGGCGAGGAUGAAAACUCAGCAGGUUGAUAACGACACUGUUGUUACAGUCGUUAACUCCGAAGAGAAUGACAACCUCCAGAUAGAUGCAUUGUCCCUCCCAAAACCAGCUUGUGGCGGACGUGCUUCGGUUGAGCCCAUCAUUGUUAACGAGAAGGUAAAGCUGUCUCCUGCCGUCAUGGAAAUGAUCGGCGCAACAAUGGCUGGUCUGGACAACGGCCACCUUCCUCUGAUGUCGACCGAGGGUUCUGGGGGAGUCUAUUUCAUGCCAGAUCCCUUGGGCCAGCGCAACGUCGCAGUUUUCAAGCCUAUCGACGAGGAACCGAUGGCGGAGAAUAACCCCAGGGGGUUUCCUCUGUCAGUCGAUGGCGAGGGGUUGAAAAGGGGGACACGGGUAGGGGAAGGUGCAUUGAGGGAGGUUGCAGCGUAUGUUCUCGACCAUCCUGUUGAUGGGUCCAAAUCUUGUGAUUCUAUUGGAUUUUCCGGCGUACCUCCCACGGCUUUGGUCCAUUGUUUGCACAUGGGUAAAGGGUUUAAGAUCGGAUCACUGCAAAUGUUUGUGGAGAAUCAUGGAAGCUGUGAGGACAUAGGCCCUCGAGAUUUCCCCGUUCAGGAGGUUCAGAAGAUUGCCGUGUUAGAUAUCAGGUUAGCGAAUGCCGAUCGUCAUGCUGGCAACGUGCUAGCCUGCCGGGAUGGAGAAGAUGACCUGAAGUUGGUACCAAUUGACCAUGGGUACUGCUUGCCAGAAAAGUUUGAAGAUUGUACCUUCGAGUGGCUCUACUGGCCCCAAUCCCGCGAGCCCUUCAGUGACGAGACCACCUCAUACAUUGAAUCACUAGACGCUGGAAAAGAUAUCGCGCUUCUCAAGUUCUAUGGUUGGAACCUGCCUCCCCAGUGCGCCCGAGUUCUGCAUAUCAGCACCAUGCUUCUGAAGAAGGGAGCGCAGAGGGGCCUCACGCCUUAUGACGUGGGUAGCAUCAUGUGCAGGAAAACUGUCAAGAGGGAGUCUGGAAUCGAGGUCAUCAUGGACGAAGCGGAAGAUGCUGUGCUUCCAGGAACUAGCGAAAAAACUUUCCUGGAGGCCGUAUCGGAGGUCAUGGACCGUCACCUUGAUGACAUGCUGUCAAAGCUUAAGCAGAACAAGUGAUCAGUUCGUAUGUAUCCGCUUGUAAAUAUUUGUUUCACUAAAUAAUAAUGAUGGGGUGUUUGUACUUCGAAACGUUGGAUAAAUUUUACAUGAACUUCUGUUGUGAAUAUAA